AUGUGCACCUGGUCUGCUUCGUUGUUAGGCCAAUCGGAUGAGAUAAUGGGCGAAGCCUGUGCCGAGCCAUCGCUGACCAAUGACGGCGGCGGCGGCGGUUAUGACGAUGGUGAUAAGGUGAUGGUUAAGAUCCAUUGCCGCCAACAGCAGCAGCUCGCGCGCGCCGCAACUGCGCCAGACUCUGCAAACUGUUUUGUUCACAGCAGCAAUAACGUCGGCACCACGGUCCCGUCUCGCAGCAUCAAAAAGAUGGCGGAUCCGUUCGAGGUGCGCAUGCGAUUUAGUUCUCAGCUUCAGCAUCUCAAUGCAUCGGUUGCGUCGGCGCAAAAAGCAGCCCAGUAUGCGCUAAAGUACAAGGAGUGGCACGAGGACCUGCAUUCUUGCAUCCUUGAGCAGGUCGAACGGACAAAUAUGAAUACUCGGGCCAACAUCAUGUAUUUCAUUGAGCAUUUCCUUGACCAAGCAAGCAGAGAAGGCCAACCGGACUACAUUCAGAUGAUGCAGCGCGACAUCAUCCGCGUCGUCGAUGCUGUGGCUCCGGAUGAUGGAUCGGGGGCUGCCAAUGUCAAAGUCGUCCGAAAGGUCCUUCAAGGCUUGCAGGGCAGAGGCUUCCUUGACAGCCAGGUCGCAACGCAAAUUAUAGACGUGAUCAAAGAACGCGGGACCAAGGACCAUGAUCUAGGGCUCUCGUCUCCGAUGGAAAGUGUCACAAUGGCGGAGCAGACACCCGCACAACCCCAAGGUCAGCCGGCCAAGCGGAUAGUACCGACGCGGCUGGACAAGCGCCAGGUUGAGCAGCGCAUCGAGGAGGAUCGCGAACGACACAAGCGUGAGCGAGAAAGUAUUUGGGCUGUUCCCAAGGGCGACGGUGCUGAGAUGGACAAGCUCUGGGAGGAAACGAGCGACUUUGGCGAAGAUGACGACCGUCUCAUUACCGAGGAAAACGCCGACUUUGACACCGAAAUGGAGAUGCAGCUGUGUUCACACCAGCGGGCUGCGAAUGGCGAUCAUCGAUAG